GCCAGAAUCACAACACUCCGAAUGUGAUAAUACAUUUCGAAGAUGGCUUCACAAAACCAGGUUUUAUAUGAAAAGGACAAUGUUUUUAUCCACAUCAAUGUUUCCAAUGCUAAAGACAAAGAUGCCCACAUUUCUGGCAGAGUCUUUCUUAUUACAAAGGCAGACGGAACCUAUUUAGAAUGGCGAGCAGAAGACACUACUCCAAGUGAACAAAGUGACCAGGACUGGGCUGUGAUCACCAGUGGGGUAUCAUCCUCAUCAACCAAUUCUGUUACCUACAGGAAUGAUCGUGAUCCAGAUACAGCUUCAAUGAAUUCCAAGAUGGAUGCCCGGAGAAAAUACAACAUAUCGUUUGAUGUGUUGGAUCUGAAGAGUUUUAAGAGAAAUGCUCCUAACCAUGGCUGGGCUUACAUCAUUUUUAUUCUCAAGGAUGGAACAACAUUUCCUGCUCUCCAUUUCCACACAGGUGGUAGCAAAGCACUACUAAAAGACUUGGAGAAGUUUGUUCACAUUCGCAGGUCACCAAAUGAUUCACGGUUGUUCAUUGUUCAGGAACAUGAUCCAGAAAUGUUGUCCAAGUCAUUUGAUGAACUUAAUUUGUUUGCAGAUACAUCAAGAGAUCUUGUGUCAAAAUGGCAAUAUGGGAAUAGAUACCAAAAAUUCAUUAAAGAUCCAUAUGUCACUACAAUGGGUAGCUUCUCGAAGGUGACCAACUAUUUGCGUGAUGUGUUGCUACAAGACACAAACCCAACCAUGCGACCGAGGGAUGAACUGGCCGAGUUACUACAGGAAGACAUCCCAGGCAUGGAAAUUAGUCACCAGGAUGAGCCAGGCUUUGAGGUCAUCACAAAGACAAAACUUCCACCUCGUCCUGAAGUAACCCGUGGUGACCCCUUGAACUCGAGUCAGUGGACUUCAAUGCUGGACAGCGAGGGAAGGAUAAAGGAUGUGGACCGUGUCAAGGAUAUUAUAUUCAGAGGGGGUGUGGAAAGCACACUGCGAAGUGAGGUGUGGAAGUUUCUCUUAGAUUACUACAGCUGGGACUCCACUUAUAAAACACGACAAGAGCUGAGAAAAAGAAAAGUAGAUGACUACUUUCGAAUGAAACUCCAGUGGAAGACGAUAAGUGCAGACCAAGAAAGACGGUUUGCCAUGCUGAGGGAGAGGAAAGGACUAAUUGACAAGGAUGUGACUAGAACCGACAGAACGCAGUCUUUCUUCACUGGGGACAACAAUCAGAACCUGCAGGUCUUAAACGAUGUCCUCAUCACGUACUGUAUGUACAACUUCGAUCUUGGGUAUGUUCAGGGAAUGAGUGACCUCUUGUCUCCUAUCUUGGUUGUUAUGGAAAAUGAAGUGGAUUCAUUUUGGUGCUUUGCAGGCAUCAUGGAGAGAUUGUGUGGUAAUUUUGAGAUGGACCAAAAUGGUAUGAAAGUUCAGUUGGCACAGAUACACAAAUUGAUGCAGGUCUAUGAUCCUGAAUUGUGUAACUAUUUAGAAAGUCAUGAUUCUGGAAAUUUCUACUUCUGCUUCCGAUGGAUUUUGAUAAUGUUCAAAAGAGAAUUCCAUUUUCAUGAAAUACAAAGACUCUGGGAAAUUGUAUGGACUGACAGACCAUGUAAGAACUUUCAUCUUGUGAUCAGUCUGGCAAUUCUUGAUUCAGAAAAGUCAACCCUCAUGGAGAGCAGUUUUGGUUUUACAGAAAUCUUGAAGCACAUAAAUGACAUCAGCUUGUCGAUACCAUUGGAGGAUACGUUGAAGAAGGCGGAGGGCAUCUUCCUACAGCUAAAGACGUACAAAAAACUUCCAGUCACGGUCAAAGAAAUCCUCGGCCUCACGUCUUCACCACAGAGUUCCAUGUCGGGUUCCAGUCAAACAACUCCGUCUACCACCCCUUUGUUCGGGGACUCACACCCUCAGCUAGAUCUGCCACUGCUGACAAAUGACCACAGCGCUUGCAGUUCAGGCAAAGGAAGCAUGGUAACGACGCCGGACGACAGUAGUAUUGAAAUAUUGACAGAAACCGGAGAAGCCACGUUUGUUCACUGAGGGAUAGGCUGCAAUUCUUGGUCUUUCUUUUCUCUCUCUCUCUCUCUCUCUCUCUCUCUGUACAUGUAAUUUAUUAUUCCAGAGAAGAAGUUUUCUGCUUGGAAAUAUAAUCAACAGUUGGACCGAUUUUCUGGAAAGCUUGAUUAAAAAACUGUUUCGUAUGUGGAUUAAAACUGUAUUGGAGGUUCAUUUCAUGGUGUUUGUAAUAAGUUCUGAAAUGUGAACUUUAGAAAGUAAUUGUUUUUGUUUAAUGCUAUGGAAGACGACGACCUGUACCAGAACCAGAGCUGGAUGAACCAUGGCCUAUGGUUUCAUCCCACAGAUUGAAUGUUCUUAUUGGAUUUAUAAUAUGUUCAUUAUAUUUUGAGUAAUAGUGUAUGGUACCAAACAUAAUUAUAUUAUGUACCAAACAAUGUAUAGUUCAAUGCAAAAUCAUGGAAAUAGUCUUUGCCUGAAAGAUAUGCUUGCCUUCAAUAUAUUAAAUGCAAAUGUGAAGGUUUUCAGUUAUUAAAAUCAAAUUGUUUUUUGUUGUCUUUUUAACAUUAUGUUAUAUGAAUUGUAAUGUUGUGAUUUUACAUACAUAUGGGGAAGUCAGUAUUAUAAUUUAAUUGUAUGAUAUUGUAAGCAAAACAAAUUAUCUAAAGUUUUUCUCCACAGAUAAAUUUCAAACUAAUAUGAACAUUAUUCCUAUUCAAGUGGUUGCAACUGUGCAUGUAAAAUCUAAGAGAACCAAUGGUGGACAUUAAUUAUGUGUAAUGUUUUUUUUCCAAAUCUGUCUGCUUUUUUUUUAGGUACUUUUUUUUUUUUAAUGUCCCGUAAAUUCUAUUUAUAGCAUUAUGAUGUGAUGAUAUAUAUUUUGUGUUACAAAAUAGACAUUGUUCUAUAUCCAGUAAAUUGACCUCUGAUUGAACCCACGACCAGUACAGUACCAGAAGGAUCUUGUUAUGCUGUUCAUCUGCUGACAGCUACAGUAACUGCCUGCACUAGUUUAUGGCCAAGUCAGAUUGUAUUGUACAUAAAGGUCAUCUAUGACCAAUUGUAGAAACCAUCCAGUUAAAUAAUGACAUUAAUUGGCCUGCAUCACCUGUGUCUGUGGCAUCGUGUUUACUCUGUUGGGAUUAAGGCUGGUAGGUUCUGGGUUCGCAGCCCAGUACCUGCUCCUACUAAGAGUGAGUUAAUGGUGUUGAUAUAGGCAAUUGCCUGUUCACUAAUUCCAUUCUAAAAAUUGGAAAUACAUUUUAAAUUUAUUUUUUAAAGUGAGUUUUAAUGGUUCAUUGAAGAAAUAUAGGUAUACUACACUUAACAUCUCUCACUAAGCACUAACAACUUGCCACUAACCCACUAUCCAGAAGAGAUGACCCAGAUUAUAUUUUUUACUCCGAGCUUGUCUUGAGUGAAACAUUCCAUUGAUUACUUUCAAGUUGAUCAAAUUGUAAUAUACAGUUAAGAUAGUCAGUAAACAUGAGCCUUAGAGAGGGACCGGCCUCAGUGGUGUCGUGGUUAGGCCAUUGGUCUACAGGCUGGUAGGUACUGGGUUUGGAUCCCAGUCGAGGCAUGAUAUUUUUAAUCCAGAUACCGACUCUAAACCCUCAGU